UGUCAAAGUCAAAAUAUAAAAUCAAUUUAUCAAUAAAGAAAAAACAGAGACUACCUUUUAACACUUUUUUGUUAUUUUAAAGUGGUUGCUGCAAAAUCCUGAAAGGUAUGGUUAAUUUAGCUGAUGCUUUUAUGAUUAAUACGGUAACGGAAGGAGCUAUGAAUGUUUUACGCCAAAUAGGUGUUUUUAAAUCGAAGACAGAGACAUUGCAACCAGCACCAAUUAUUAUAAAAAUGCCUCUCUGGGAGUUAGCUCAAGCGGCAGGGCCAUUUGUCAGGCUCGCAGGGCUGAGCGGUGCCAUGGCUGUGGUGCUCGGCGCUAUGGGCGCACAUCGCACAUUUCCUACAACCGAAGGCAAAGAAGAUUUACGAAAGAUCUUUGAGACGGCUAAUAGAUUCCACUUUCUCCAUACUUUAGCUUUGAUGACUGUGCCACUAUGCCGAAAACCAUAUAUUGCUGGUGGAUUUUUCAUAGCAGGAAUGACGUUGUUCUGUGGCACAUGUUACUACCAUUGCUUCACUGGUAACCCCAAGUUCAGAAAACUCACUCCAAUUGGAGGUUCUUGUCUCAUCUUAGGUUGGUUGGCAAUGGUCAUAUGAAUCCCUCUUUGAAUAAAUAUUUCAUUAUUGGUGUACUAUGGUUUAUGGUUUAGAGAUUGUAAGUAGUGAUUAUUCCAGCGAUUGUAAUUAUUUCAACUAAUUAGUAUUUAAGGCAUUUCAUUUUACACCGAAAUAUUAAAUG